AUGCCGUACGCGCAACUGGUGAUUGGCCCAGCCGGCUCGGGGAAGUCCACGUACGUGGAAACGAUUUUCCAACACUGUUCGGCGUUAGGCCAACGCAGACAUUGCAUCAAUUUGGACCCGGCUGCGGACCAAUUUAACUACCCGGUGACGGCGGAUGUGAAAGAUUUAAUCACCGUCGAUGACGUGAUGGAUGAGUUGGAUUUAGGACCAAACGGUGGUUUAAUGUAUUGCAUGGAGUAUUUAGAGGAUAAUUUGGACGAUUGGUUAUCCGAGGCGUUAGAAGGGUUCGGGGAAGACGACUGCGUGAUUUUCGACUGUCCAGGACAGAUUGAGUUGUAUUCGCACCACACGUGUUUUAGGACGUUCGUGGAUAAGUUGAGAGAUUGGGGGUGGCAAACCGUCGCGGUGUAUAUAUUAGAUUCGACAUUUAUCACGGACGGGGCGAAGUUUAUCGCUGGGUGUUUGCAAGCGCAGUCGGCGAUGAUGCUGUUAGAGUUGCCGCACGUCAACGUUUUGUCGAAAGCGGAUUUGUUGGAGGAUCAAAGCGUUUUAGAGCCGUAUCUGUGGCCAGAUCACAGUCGAUUAGCGGAGGAGUUAAACGAGAGCAUGCCGAGCGAGUAUAGAAAGCUGAACACUAUGUUAGCGCAAUUGAUGGAUGAUUAUUCGUUGAUUGCGUUUGCAAAAUUGGACAUCAGCGACGAGGAGUGCGUGGCGGACGUGUUGUAUCGCGUAGAUAACGCGAUUCAGUUCGGGGAAGACGCGGACGUGAAAACGAGCAGAGAUUUAGAAUUGGGGGACGAGCAAAGUGGGCAGUUACCGGAAGGGUACUACGAUUAG